AUGGCUAUUAAGGAGAAUGAGCCUCUGGCAUUUACGUAUGAGUUUUCGUUUGUGGAGAGUGACAUCAAGUGGCCAUCUAGAUGGGAUGCUUAUUUGAAGAUGGAGGGAGCGAAAGUCCACUGGUUCUCAAUUCUCAAUUCCCUUAUGGUGAUCACUUUCUUGGCUGGUAUAGUUCUUGUCAUCUUCUUGAGGACAGUUAGGCGGGAUCUGACUCGGUAUGAGGAACUGGAUAAGGAAGCUCAAGCCCAGAUGAAUGAGGAGUUAUCAGGGUGGAAACUUGUUGUGGGAGAUGUUUUUCGCGCUCCAAGGAAUCCUUCACUUCUGUGUGUUAUGGUGGGCAAUGGGGUCCAGAUUCUUGGGAUGGCAGUUGUGACGAUUUUGUUUGCCGCUCUCGGGUUCAUGUCCCCAGCUUCUCGUGGAACACUGAUAACAGGUAUGUUAUUUUUCUACAUGAUUCUCGGAAUUGCAGCUGGUUAUGUUGCUGUUCGUAUGUGGAGGACAAUCUUCUGUGGCGAUCACAAAGGAUGGGUUUCAGUCUCUUGGCGGGUUGCUUGUUUCUUCCCUGGUAUUGCCUUUUUUAUUCUAACGACGUUGAAUUUCUUAUUGUGGGGCAGUCACAGCACAGGAGCCAUCCCUUUUUCUCUCUUUGUAAUACUCAUUUUGUUGUGGUUCUGUAUCUCGGUUCCCCUUACCCUUGUUGGUGGUUACUUUGGGGCAAGGGCACCUCAUAUUGAAUACCCUGUUCGAACCAAUCAGAUCCCUCGGGAAAUCCCAGCCCAAAGAUACCCAUCUUGGCUUUUAGUUCUUGGGGCUGGGACUCUCCCAUUUGGUACACUGUUCAUCGAACUCUUUUUCAUCAUGUCCAGUAUUUGGAUGGGCCGUGUAUACUAUGUUUUUGGAUUCCUCUUCAUUGUUUUGACCCUUCUUGUGGUGGUUUGUGCUGAAGUGUCUCUCGUUCUAACCUACAUGCAUCUCUGUGUGGAGGACUGGAAAUGGUGGUGGAAAUCCUUCUUUGCGUCUGGUUCAGUUGCCAUAUACAUCUUUCUUUACUCCAUAAACUAUCUGGUUUUCGAUCUAAAGAGUUUGAGUGGACCUGUCUCUGCCACUCUUUACUUGGGAUAUUCACUCUUCAUGGUUCUAGCAAUUAUGCUUGCAACAGGCACGGUCGGGUUCCUUUCUUCGUUUUGGUUUGUGCAUUACUUGUUCUCCUCAGUGAAGCUGGACUGA